ACUGUUGUGGGCCCAAAAACUUGAAUCGCUUCCAAACCCUAAACACACGUACACACGGUCGUUUUAUACUCGUGUCCCUUCAGCGUUUUAGUCUUCUUCUGCACCCGCGCCGUUUCUGUGCUUUUACUCUGCUACCUUGUGACAAUGGUGAGGGUUAGUGUGUUGAAUGAUGCUCUUAAGAGCAUGUACAAUGCUGAGAAACGGGGGAAGCGCCAGGUCAUGAUUAGGCCAUCCUCAAAAGUGAUUAUAAAAUUCCUUUUGGUGAUGCAAAAGCAUGGGUACAUUGGAGAGUUUGAGUACGUUGAUGAUCACAGAGCUGGAAAAAUUGUUGUUGAAUUGAAUGGUAGACUGAACAAAUGUGGGGUUAUUAGUCCGCGUUUUGAUGUUGGUGUCAAAGAGAUUGAAGGUUGGACUGCUAGGCUGCUCCCCUCAAGACAGUUUGGGUAUAUUGUGUUGACUACCUCAGCUGGCAUCAUGGAUCAUGAAGAAGCUAGGAGAAAGAAUGUUGGUGGGAAAGUGCUGGGUUUCUUUUACUAGUUUAAUUAGUUUCCUUUGAAGAUUUUGCUCUGAUUUCAGUUCUUGAAACUCACCGGUUGUAAUGAUCAAUGUGUUAGACCCGUAGUUUAUCAAGUAUAGCAUUAGCAGGAGAUGUUUUUCUGGUGUGCUUUGUUUUGUUUGCUAAACCAAAUUGGUCGCCAUAAUUUCAACGGAUUUCUUCAUCGUGGCAGUAUUAGCUAUGGUUGAAUCA